AGAAUCCCUGCUGAAAAGAACUUAAGAAAAGAAUGGCUUGUUAAGAUAAGAAGAGAUGUCGGACCAUAUUUCAAGCUUUCUGACAAAACAAGGGUCUGCUCAUCUCAUUUCAAGGCAGGUGAUAUUCGUCGUACUUUAAUAGGAAAGAGAACGCUACUACCAGGAUCAGUUCCUACCCUCUUUCCAUGGACACAGAGAUCCCCAUCAAAACGGAUAGGUCCACAAAGAAGAUCAUUGAAGAAGAUUGAUCCUGAGCCAAUGGAAAUUCAGGUUGCUGGAGAAAUGCCAUGUUCACAUGAUGAAGUACCCUUAGCUUCCAUGGAUCAUGACUACACCAUAACCCCUCAGCCAAUUGAUGAACAACUUGCAGCUGCACAUGCAGAAUUGAAAGUACUUAAGCAGCAACUACUUGAGACAAGUCAAAAGCUGUUUUUCUUGGAGCGUUUCAGCAAUGAUCCUCAGAAUAUUAAUUUCUACACAGGUUUUAAAGACUAUGCAACUCUCAAGAGUGUCUUCGUAGCCCUACAGCCCACAGCUACUACCAUGAUUAGGUGGACGCAGAUGCAGAGACAUUCAUCAAACAUGGAUAAAUUGAAAACAAGUGCAUUCCAUAACGAAUCACUGCCCUUGAUAGAUCAGUUUUUUAUGUUUUUAUGUAGAGUGCAUCAAGGACUACUUGAACGUGAUCUGGCAGUUAGGUUCAAUUUGUCUCAAUCAUCAGUCAGUAGGAUAUUAAUCACUUGGGCCAACUACCUGUAUGUGAUGCUAGGAAGUAUCAAGAUUUGGCCAACUCGUUCAAUAAUUGACAGUAACAUGCCAAGAGAUUUCAAACUUUGGUAUCCCAAGACACGGGUCAUCAUAGAUUGUACAGAGGUGAAGGUGCAGACUCCUAGUUCCAGAGUAUUGAACUCAGAGGUUUAUUCCUCGUACAAGAGCCACACAACGUUUAAGGGUCUGAUAGGUAUUACACCCUGUGGAGUUUUAUCGUUUGUUAGUACUUUAUAUACCGGUGCAAUUUCUGAUAAGGAAAUCACAAGUAGAUGUGGCAUUGUGGAUCUUCUGGAGCCAGGUGAUGAGGUAAUGGCUGAUAAAGGAUUUUUGAUACAGGAUUUAUUGGAGAAAAAACAAGCAAGUUUAGUGAUCCCCCCAUUUCUUGACCAUAAAGGACAGUUCAGUGGAGAAGAGGUGUCAGAAACCCAAGAAAUUGCACGUUUAAGAAUCCAUGUGGAAAGAGCAAUCAGGCGUAUAAAAGAAUAUCAUAUAUUUGAUGGAGUUGUUCCUCUCACCCUAGCAUCAUCAAUCAAUCAGAUAUGGACAGUUUGUUCAAUUCUUACAAAUUUUCGAGGACCAUUAUUUUAAGUGAAAUUGUAACUGUUGAGUAUGGUAAAUUUUCUAAUUAUGAACAUGAUGAUACAUGAUGCAUGGCAACGUACAUGUUUUCGCCAGCUCCUAAUGACUCUGUGGAUAUUAAUAGUAAGGAUGUAGUAUCAAAUCAUUUGAAUUGUGAUAAAAAUAAACGUCUGAGAACAAUUUUGUGAAAGAACUGGUAUGAGGGUAAAUGUACAAAAUACUAAAAUCAUGGUGCUUCGAAGAGGUGGUCCUUUAAAUAACUUAUGAGAAUUGGUAUUUUAAAGGCCAAAAAAUUUAUGUUGUUAACAACUAUAGAUACCUUGGGGUGGUUUUCACACCAACCUUGUCAUGGUCAAAAGAACAAAGCUGUUCAGCAGCCCAGGCAUACAAGGCUCUGAUGUCCUUAUUUAGCUAUCAGAGAAAAUAUGGUUUUGUUUCUUGUACUGAUGCCUUUACAAUAUCUCAUAAAAUGCUUGUUCCAAUUUUUUGUUAUGGAGCUGACUUUUGGGGUACACACUAUUGUAAAACCAUCGAAAGAGUACACACC